AUGGACGCAGGACCGAACUCCAUCUCGUCGCACAAGAGCCGCAGCCGGUGCGCGGCGGCGCCGCGGCCGUCGCUCCAGGAGGCGGGGUCCAGGCCGUACAUGCCACCGCUCAGCACCGGGUCCCGCAACCCGUUGGCCAAGUGCUACGGCGACAGGUUCAUCCCGGAGAGGUCGGCGAUGGACAUGGACUUGGCGCACUACCUGCUGACGGAGCCGAGGAAGGGCAAGGAGAACCCGGCUGCUAGGGUUUCCCCGGCCAAGGAGGCGUACCGGAAGCUGCUCGCCGAGAAGCUGCUCAACAACCGCACAAGGAUCCUUGCCUUCAGGAACAAGCCGCCGGAGCCUGAAAGCAUGCUCACGGAUCUCCGUGCUGAUGCGACCCAAGCCAAGCCGGCGAAGCAGCGCCGACAAGUUCCCCAGUCUGCGGAGAAGGUUCUGGAUGCCCCAGGGCUCGUUGACGAUUAUUACCUGAACUUGCUAGACUGGGGAAGCAGCAAUGUGCUGUCCAUCGCGCUGGGCUGCAAGGUGUAUCUCUGGGACGCCUCCAGUCAGUCAGUGACCGAGCUUGUUAUCAUUGAUGAGGAGACUGGUCCUGUCACAAGCGUUAGCUGGGCUCCUGAUGGCCAGCACAUUGCCAUAGGCCUCAAUUCCUCUGAUGUCCAGCUUUGGGACUCCACCUCAAACCGACUGCUGAGGACACUGCGAGGGUUGCAUGAGUCAAGGGUUGGUUCUCUGGCAUGGAACAACAGCAUCCUGACAACUGGCGGCAUGGACGGCAAGAUCGUGAACAAUGAUGUGAGGAUCAGGAACAAUGUUGUGCAGACAUACCAUGGACAUGAGCAGGAGGUGUGUGGGCUCAGAUGGUCAGGAUCAGGGCAGCAACUGGCCAGUGGUGGAAAUGACAAUCUCCUACACGUCUGGGAUGUGUCCAUGUCAUCCUCUGUACAGACUGCAGGGCAUACCCAAUGGUUGCACAGGCUUCAGGGCCACUUGUCUGCCGUCAAGGCAUUGGCAUGGUGUCCAUUCCAGAGCAACCUGCUGGCUUCUGGAGGUGGUGGAGGUGACCGAUGCAUAAAGUUCUGGAACACCCACACUGGUGCAUGUCUCAAUUCAGUCGACACUGGAUCGCAAGUGUGCGCGCUGCUCUGGAACAAGAAUGAGAGAGAGCUGCUGAGCUCGCACGGAUUCACUCAGAAUCAGCUCAUCUUGUGGAAGCACCCGUCGAUGGUUAAGUUGGCUGAACUCAAUGGCCACACGUCACGUGUCCUGUUCAUGGCUCAGAGCCCUGAUGGAUGCAAUGUGGCAUCUGCUGCAGCAGAUGAGACAUUGCGGAUUUGGAAUGUGUUUGGAACUCCUGAAGCCGUGCCUAAGGCCUCCUACACUGGGAUCUUCAACAGUUUCAACCAUAUCCGAUGA